GUUUUGUCUUGUUCGAUCGAUGAUUCGUGGGAUUUUGGGUUUAAUGUUCAUGCUAUAUAUGUUUUAUCUAUUUAAUCUUGUUUUUUGAAUGUUCAUGGAUUUUCGAGAUGAUUUAUUUGUCUAUUACAUAAUUGACGUACAUUUUUUAAUUCUCUUACGUACGCAUAUUUGAUGAUAUUACAUAUAGGAAUCGGAAUCGCGGAAUCGGGAUCGCUUCUUAAACAAACUGCAAAUGUGACCGUUUCUCGUAUGAAGUUUUCCCUUUGAGAUUAGAUUUUUACCUUCAGAAAAAAAAAAAUCGAACAAUGAUGUGUUGUGGAGGUGCAGAAGAGGAGCCCUAUAGUGGUCCUCCGGCCAAUAAUUAUAACUCCGCCCCGCCGAAAACUGGCAACAAUUACGGCGGCGCCGGUGGAGGUGACAGAGGAGAGCCAAGAAGUGGUGCUGCAAGAAAUGGACAAGCUCAGAAAGUUCUGCCUAUUGAACUCCCAUCACUUCCACUUAGUGAGCUAAAUCGACUUACAAGUAAUUUCGGCACUAAAGCUCUUAUUGGAGAGGGCUCUUACGGUCGAGUUUUCUACGCCAAAUUAUCGGAUGGUCAACCCGCAGCUAUCAAGAAGCUCGAUUCUAGUUCUUCCCCCGAACCAGAUAACGAUUUUACAGCCCAGUUAUCCACAGUUUCGAGGCUUAAGAAUGAGCAUUUCGUGGGGUUGCUAGGGUACUGUCUUGAAUCAGACAACCGAAUUUUGGUCUACGAAUUCGCCACCAUGGGUUCUUUACACGAUGUUUUACAUGGUAGAAAAGGGGUGCAAGGGGCAGAACCAGGUCCGGUUCUUACGUGGGGUCAAAGGGUGAAGGUUGCUUUAGGAGCUGCAAAAGGGCUCGAAUUUCUUCACGAGAAAUGUCAGCCGUCGAUCGUACAUCGAGAUGUAAGAUCAAGCAAUGUGCUUCUCUUCGAUGAUUUUGUGGCCAAGAUUGCAGAUUUUAGUUUGACCAAUCAGUCUUCUGAUACUGCGGCUCGUCUUCAUUCCACCAGAGUACUCGGAACAUUCGGCUACCACGCACCAGAGUACGCGAUGACAGGGCAGAUAACUCAGAAGAGUGAUGUUUACAGUUUCGGAGUUGUUCUUUUAGAGCUUCUUACAGGGAGAAAGCCAGUAGAUCACACUAUGCCUAAAGGACAACAGAGUUUAGUCACAUGGGCAACUCCAAGAUUGAGUGAAGAUAAAGUGAAGCAAUGUGUGGAUCCCAAGCUAAAUGAUGAUUAUCCACCAAAGGCUAUUGCAAAGAUGGCUGCUGUAGCAGCACUUUGUGUACAAUACGAAGCGGAUUUUCGACCGAACAUGACAAUAGUGGUGAAGGCUUUGCAGCCAUUACUGAACUCAACAAAACCAGCUGGACCUGAUUCUAAUGCAUAAUAAAUAUUACUUACUGUAUAUGUUCAAAAAUGUUAUGCUAAUCUUCUUGAAAGAAAACCUAUGCAAUUUAGGAAUACCUCAAGUUGUUGUCUGAACAAUGGUAUAAUGGUGAUUUUCACAAAGCUCAGCAACCAAAUUUUUGGAAGCUUAGAAUAUAAUUUUAUUUUCUUUUU